AUGUUGUACGACAAGCAUCCGAAUAAUCCUGCCAAUUUACAAGCAAGAAUUAAGGAGGAGAAAAGAUUGGCAUAUUUUGAAAAUUAUGUUCGGGAUAAGCAAAUAACAACGAAAAGAGUUGAUUUCUGGGACAGAAAUCCUCCUCAAUAUUCUCUGACGAGACUUCAAAUGAAAAGAUAUCCUCUUGUUUCGAAAAGACAAGAAUAUAAUCAACAUGUGAAUCAACGAAGAAUUAAAUUGGUUGAAUUGUAUAAUAUUGAAAAGCAACAGUAUCAAUUAGAAUUGUUGAAUAAUGCCCAUGCCCUUAAGAAACAAUAA